AUGGCUUCCGCCGUCGCUUCCGUGGAGGUCCCGCCGAAGCCCGUCUUCCUCAUGGACAUCCUCGCCUCACCGUCCGCCUGCGGGAAGACCGACGCCUCGGCCCGCCACGUCUUCAGCACCGGAGGCGCUCCGCCACGCUCCUCCUCCGACGGCGUCAAGGACUCCACCGGCAAGGAUGCCGCCGCCGACGCCGCACCGCCCCGUGAGCGCGACCUCUCCAUCCCCAAGCUCUUCACCGGAGGCGUGCUGGACCUGUUCCCCGAGGCUGCGAUGCGGGACCUGCUGCUGGCUCUGGCGGAGGACGGCGGCGCGGCGUCGGCGUCCAUGACCGGCUUCUCCCCGCGCGGGUGGUGGGUCUCCAAGGAGGUUGGCGACGCGGUGCAGCUGAAGGUGGCGAUGCCGGGGCUGGGGAAGGAGCACGUGAAGAUGCGGGCGGAGAAGAACGUCCUGGUGAUCAAGGGGGAGGGCGACAAGGACUCCGAGGGUGACGACGACAAGGUCACGGCACGGUACACCUACCGCAUCGGGCUCUCCUCCCAGGCUUUCAAGAUGGACCAGAUCAAGGCGGAGAUGAAGAACGGCGUGCUCAUGGUGACCGUGCCCAAGAUCAAGGACGAGGAGCGCAAGGACGUGUUCGAGAUCAAGAUCGAGUAG